CCUUUCCUCGCGGACAAGAUGGCGGCGUCCAUGAUGAGAUGCUGUCUGAGAGCAGUUUCCGUUCAGUGUCCUAGCCCUAUUUUCACCAGAAUUGGUAAACACUCUGCAGUGGUACCUGCUUUUGCUAACUUACUGAUUUCUAAUAGACCCUAUGCUUCAAAGAAACAGUCCAGUAAAACAAAAGCCAAAAAGAAAACUGCUGUACCAGAGCUGCUCUAUGAAAAGAAACGUUACAAACCAGCCUUGCCGAUUGGGCCGACAGAUGACGUCUAUUUGACUUGGUGCUACCAGAGACCCGUUUAUGAAGCAGAAGUGGCUGUAGACAUGCUGAAGAAGUUUCAGGAACUGGACUUCACUUCCCCCAGGCAGUUUGUGUAUGCUGACAUCACCCUGGAUAUGUCAAUGGACAAGAAGAAACCAGUGGAGCCAUUCACCGCUACUGUUCUUCUGCCACACUGUUUUCUGGAUAACACCCACAAGGUUCUGGUGUUCACAGAGAACGCGGAUGAAGCCGUUAUAGCGAAAGAACACGGAGCUGCGUUUGUAGGAGGGUACGAAUUAGUUAAGCCCAUUGCAGAUGGUGAAAUCCAAGCAGAUUUUUAUGUCUCUGUGCCUCCAAUGUUAUCGAAGAUUAACAGUUUAAGGAGCGUACUGAAAGACAAGCACCCAAAGUCUAAAAACGGGUCCGUCAGCUACGACAUUCCAAAGAUGCUCAGCUUCUUCCAAGUGUGCCUCGAGUACAGGGUGGAGAACGAAAACGUAAUCAAGCCGUGGUUCGCAAGGCUGGAUAUGCCUAAUGACCAGAUAGUUGCCAAUCUGGAUGCGCUUAUUAAGGACAUUUGUAAAUACAGACCUUUGAGCUACG